UCUUUCAGUCGUCCACGGUUAAAAAUUAACAGCCCGUGGAGAUAGCGAGCAAUAAUGAACGCCGAGGACGUCCGGUCGAAUUGCUCCGGAUUCCAAUUACACGAUACAGAUUAUUUCGAGUUGUAAAUGAAGUUGUACGUCGACCACGAAUGUUUCCUUAUUCUAUUUAUUUCUUUUUUUUUUUCACAAAUAUUUCGUUUAUCCUUUGAACCGUUUCUGAUCGGGUGUCAAGAAUGAAAUGCGGAAUACGACAUCGAGAUGGAAAGUCGAGCAUCCCCGUCGAGCGACACUGCUGUCCCGAAUCGGUCAUGGAAGAACGUCAGAACCAGUCCCGAGAAAAGUCCGAUCAAAAAGAGGGUGAACUUCGCUACGAACAUUAGCAUAACGUCCAACUCGACGUCGGGCUUCGACGAGGUUCCAAACGGUCAAUAUCGAAACGAACGUCCCGCAAACGAGGCGAAAAACAAAGAAAGCAACGACACUGUCGACGAUCGCGAUGGAAUACCUUUCGAAUCGAGUCGUGCACGAUCGCUGAAACCGGGUCAGACGAUCUCGCCGCGUUUCCCAUCUAGUUCCCGCGUGGUCCACGGCAUUCAACAUGGCGGCGUUUACUACCACCAUCGACGACGCGGUCGCGAUUGGUUCAGGCUCGGUGCGCGAUGCGUCUCCCGUAUUUCAAAUCGAACGUCUCGCGACCUAGUGCCGAGAGGACGAUGCGAAUCAUCUCGAAAACGCAAACGAGGUGACGGGAACCGUUCCGCGAUCCUGAGACGAAGGCAGCCGAAACAGCUGUUGCCGCGACGACGCGCGGGUGCCGUGCGGCCGCGAAAAACGACCGCCGUCGUGGAAUCGUCGCGGACGCAGAACGCCGACGGGCCGUCUUCGAGCGCGCAGAUCUCGCGUAAACGGCGCGUCGGUAUCGUGGAGAAUCAGUACAUCGCCGAGAGCGACGGCGGUUCGUCGGUAUGCGAGCUGGUGCGCGGCCUCGAGCGUCUGUUCGGUGAGGGAAACGCCGGUAACGAGGGCGGCGUGUCCGCUAUGAGGUCGAAGAAGCAACAGAACGCCGAGGAGGAGACCGUGGUGGAUCCGAUCGAGGCGAACGAGACCUACGACGAGUUCGACACGAUCAGGAUGCCGGUGGUGCGUUCUCUGAGCAAGAGCCCGCAGAGCGACGAGGGCAUCGAGGUGGAUCCCGAGCGAAGGAGGGGCUCCGUGGCCCGUUGCUGGAGCCUCGAUUCAGCGGCGGCCAGCGACGAGGACGCGUCGCUGAUGAUCACCACGCACCAGCUCAAACGGCACAAGCUGCGGGUCACUAGAUGUUGCAGCUCCGACAGCGCGGUCCUGAGCGACGAGGAUCAAAUAAAAGGAUGGGACGGUUCGAACGCGGUGGAGGGGAGCGAAUCGGAGCACAACGAGGGAAGGCCCAGAUAUUGGAGAACGCCGAGCGUUGUUGUCAGCGACUAUUCGGAUUGCUCUUAUUCGGACGAGAAGCUGGAAAGGCAUGAUCUUGACCUUGAGAAAUAUGACGGGACCAGCGGGACACCGAGUCAGGCGAGCAGCUGCUCCUGCUUGGAUUGCGACGAGAUACGCGAAUCUUUGGAUAAUCAGUUCCUGCAAGUUUGUCGCAGCAGGCGGCACUCGGACUCCUCCUGCCUGUGCCUCGACUCUAUGAAUGCUGCCGCCACGAGAAAGAUUAACAAUGCUGGCAACAGACGGAACUCCUGCUUGGACGCUACCAAUCCUUACUAUACCAGGGACUCGUCGUACGGCGAAGAAAACAAUGCACCGGGCUUGCAGGAAACGAGGAAGAUCGAAUUUUUGGACAUUCCGCCGCGGAAGAUCUCGGACGGCUCUAUCUCCAGCCUCAGCGGCGACGAAUCCGACGUCAUCGAACUCCAGCAAGUGAAACCUGCCAGGUCGUCUGGAUGGAGGAAACUGCGGAAUAUCGUUCACUGGACACCGUUCUUUCAAACGUACAAGAAACAAAGAUAUCCAUGGGUACAAUUAGCAGGACAUCAAGGAAACUUCCGUGCAGGACCCACGCCAGGGACGAUUCUAAAGAAACUUUGUCCCCAGGAGGAAGCCUGUUUCCGAUUGCUGAUGAACGAUAUCUUGAGGCCUUUCGUGCCGGAGUUCAAAGGUGUUCUGGACAUGAAAGAGUCGGAGGAGGGGAACGCCGAGGAAACCGAGGCCGGUGAAAACGUUCAAAAAGAUGGCGCCGGUGACGCUGUGAGCAAAAGGACCGUGGUGUCCACUUACUUGCAGCUCCAGGAUCUCCUUGGCGACUUCGAGCAUCCUUGCGUGAUGGACUGCAAGGUUGGCGUCAGGACGUACCUGGAAUCAGAGCUGGCCAAGGCCAAGGAAAGACCCAAGUUGAGGAAAGACAUGUACGAGAAAAUGGUGCAAGUCGAUCCAACCGCGCCUAGCGCCGAAGAACGUCGUGUACAGGGUGUAACGAAACCGAGGUACAUGGUUUGGCGCGAGACGAUAUCCAGCACCGCCACGCUCGGUUUCCGCGUGGAGGGGAUCAAGCUUGCUCACGGGGGGUCGUCGAAGGACUUCAAAACAACCAGAACUCGCGAACAGGUGACGGAAGCACUGAGACGUUUCGUGGAGAGCUAUCAGCACGCGGUGCCCAAGUACAUACAGCGUCUGAAAGCGAUCAGGGCCACGUUAAGGGCGUCGCCGUUCUUCGCCUCGCACGAAGUGGUCGGCUCGAGCCUGUUGUUCGUCCACGACGCGAAGAACGCCGGCAUUUGGAUGAUCGACUUCGCGAAAACGUUACCGCUGCCGCAACACUUGCCGCGAAUCCGUCACGACGCCGAGUGGCAAGUGGGGAACCACGAGGACGGGUAUUUGAUAGGCGUGAACAAUCUGAUAGACAUAUUCCAAGAUAUUCGGAACUCCGAGACAACAUAGUUCUUUUCUUUUCCUUUUUUUUUUUAUCGUACAUUUAUCGCACACGACACGAACGACGCGUGCAACGGACUCCCCGUCGUUUGUUUUCUUCCCUGAUCUUUGUACAUAGAUUCCACGAACAUUUUCGGAUGCCUGGUCGACGGUAUCCUCGACGAGAAACGGACCAAAGACACGGCGGCUCGCGCGCGCGCCACCUAGGUAUUUUCAUAGUAAAACCGCUACGAUAAACGCACACCGCAAAGAGAACCUUUGUAAAAAUAAUUUAACGUUCUACCGUAAUUACGUAAGUUUUAUUUAUACGUUACAUGCGACGCUGCGAAAUCAUCUUGAUACAAGAGAGAAAGAGAGUGUAAUGUAUGUGUGUGUGUGUGUGAGUGUGAGCAAGGAGAAAACGUAGUCUUUUUGUAUUUAAAAUCGUAUCAUGCAUUUGUAAAUAAUUUCGACACUUAAUACAAAAGAAAGGUCAACGACGAUCCCCUGUCUCGUGUAUAUGUGUCCUCGUUUCACCGCGUGACCCUAACCUCCGCGGAAACUGUGCGUAACGAUGCAG